CUCACAUCUAUCGGCUCAGCUCAAAAAAAUCCCGUCGGCCGACCUCCCAAAAAUUAGUUGGCGUCGAUGGCCUCCUCGUCGGAACCGCCGCAGCACCAGCGUCAUCUGUUUCCCAAUUUCUUCCACUCAACUACCUCCGCCGUCCUCUCUCUUCUUCCCAAUCCCCGGCCAUCAGCUUCUCCGGCUUCUUCGCCUCCCAAAGUCUGCUUACCCUUUCAGUUCGUCGAUUCGUGUCAUCCACAGUCAUUCCGUUCUCCCCACGAGUCCUCUCAGCCCGACUCGGUCUCAUCGAAAUCGGCGACGGUCAAGGGCUUAUCCUCUGCCGAGUCCAAUUCGGGAUUCCCGUCCACGGUCAGAAUUUCUGGACUGAGUUCCGACGGCAAGGGCGGCGGGCCUGCUUUCGUAGGGCAGGUUUUCAGUAUGUGCGAUCUUUCCGGGACUGGAUUGAUGGCCGUCUCUACUCACUUCGAUAUUCCAUUCCUCUCUAAAAGAACGCCCGAGUGGUUGAAGAAGGUUUUUGCAACUGUUACCAAGAGCGAGAGAAAUGGCCCCGUGUUUAGAUUCUUCAUGGAUUUAGGCGACGCAGUUUCGUACGUGAAACAACUUAACAUCCCCAGUGGCAUUGUGGGUGCUUGCCGCCUUGAUCUGGCAUAUGAACAUUUCAAGGUCAAGGCAGCAAACCAGCUCCUGAAGACAAUGCAGCAAAGUGAAGGGAAGAGAAAGGUGGAUGGGGUUCCUGUUUUUACUGCUCAGAACCUGGAUAUCGCCAUAGCUACCUCUGAAGGAAUUAAGUGGUAUACUCCGUACUUCUUCGAUAAAGGCAUGCUAGAUGGUAUUAUUGAAGAGUCUGUUGAUCAGCAUUUCCACACUUUAAUACAAACUCGGCACAUGCAGCGGCGACGAGAUAUAGUUGACGACAACUUGGCUGCAGAAGUGAUUGAAGAAAUGGCAGAAAGCCUAAAUGAGCCACCCGAGGUUCAGGAAAUGAUGGAUGAGAUAGGAAAUCCUGGUAUACCUCUAAGUGUCAUCUCGAAAGCUGCUGAAAUCCAGCUUUCUUAUGUUGUUGAUAAGUUACUCCUGGGUAACCGUUGGUUGAGGAAGGCCACUGGGAUUCAACCAAGGUUCCCCUACGUUGUUGAUUCGUUUGAGAGAAGGAGUGCCUGUUCCUUAAGGCGAGUCUCGAAGUCAACCAGCUUACUUGACAAUUCCCAAGCCGGUGAUAGAAAUUCUGAAAUUGAAGUAGAAGAAAAUGCUCAAGUGAGUUACGAAGAGCGACCAGAUUUACGACUACCCUUUGGAAAUUGGCUCGGUGUGCCAUGGUUGAAAAAUCAAUCCAAACCGGCCAGAGGGUCAGAAACAAGAGUGGAUGGUUCAUCAAAGGAAUGGAUGGAGCAAAAGUUGGAUGACAAUCCUCUUCUUCCGAAAAUCACCAUGGUAGGCAUAUCUACUGGGGAGGCUGGACAAAUGAGCAAAGCUAGUUUGAAGAAGACGAUGGACACUCUGACUAAAGAGCUGGAGCAGACCGAUCACGGUAAAACCUCCGGCAAUAGCGAUAGCGAUUUCAAGUUCACGGAUAGGGAUCCGUUGUUCGUGGCAAACGUGGGGGAUUACUUCUCGGCCAUGUCGAAGGCGAAUUCAUCGCGAUGGGAGGUCAACAUGGCGGCUUCUGAAGAGAAUAGUGCGUUGUUCCCAAUUUUUAUUCUGACAAUAAUGGCACUGCCCCUGGUGCCUUACACAAUAAUGAAGUUGUGCCGUGCUGCCUCAACGAAAGCAAAGACCAUCCACUGUAAAUGUUCCGAGUGUACCCGUUCGGGGAAGUACCGGAAAUCUCUAUUUAAGCGGAUUUCAAACUUCUCGACAUGCAGUAACUUGACGGUGAUACUACUCUGGGUCAUUAUGAUAUUCCUAGUUAGUUACAUAAAGAACAUGAGCCGAGAGGCUCAACCUUUUGAUCCAUACGCCAUACUUGGAUUGAAACCUGGAGCAUCAGAGACAGAAAUUAAAAAGAGUUACCGGAAGCUUUCUGUUCAGUACCAUCCUGACAAAAAUCCAGAUCCAGAGGCUCACACGUACUUUGUGGAGUUUAUAACAAAGGCAUAUCAAGCGCUGACAGAUCCAAUAUCUCGUGAGAACUAUGAGAAAUAUGGCCAUCCAGAUGGUAGACAGGGAUUUAAAAUGGGAAUUGCUCUUCCUCAAUUUCUGCUUGACAUUGAUGGUUCAUCUGGUGGAAUUCUUUUACUUUGGAUCGUUGGUAUUUGUAUUCUCUUGCCAUUGGUGAUUGCUGCUAUAUAUCUUUCAAGAUCUGCAAAAUAUACCGGGAAUUAUGUCAUGCACCAAACUCUCUCAGCAUACUACUAUUUUAUGAAACCAUCACUAGCCCCAAGCAAAGUGAUGGAGGUUUUCACAAAGGCUGCUGAAUAUAUGGAAAUUCCUGUUCGGAGAACUGAUGAUGAGCCUCUUCAGAAGCUCUUUAUGUCUGUUAGAAGCGAGUUGAAUCUGGACCUCAAGAACAUAAAGCAAGAACAGGCUAAAUUUUGGAAGCAGCACCCUGCUGUAGUUAAGACAGAAUUGUUGAUUCAAGCUCAGUUGACUCGGGAAUCGGCAGCCCUGCCCCCAGCCUUGCAAGGUGAUUUCAAACGUGUGCUAGAACUUGCUCCUCGUCUUCUUGAAGAACUGAUGAAGAUGGCACUUAUACCACGCAAUGCUCAGAUGCACGGAUGGUUGAGGCCUGCUAUAGGGGUUGUUGAGCUCUCUCAAUGCAUAACUCAGGCUGUUCCACUCAGUGCGAGGAAGUCCACAGGAGGUUCGGCCGAAGGGGUUGCUCCAUUUUUGCAGCUUCCACAUUUCAGUGACUCUGUUAUCAAGAAGAUAGCUCGCAAGAAGGUAAGAACAUUCCAGGACUUCUCUGAGAUGUCCCCAGAAGACCGAGCAGAGCUUCUCACUCAAGUAGCAGGAUUCAGCUCAUCGGAGGUGCAGGAUGUGGAAACGGUACUUUCAAUGAUGCCAUCAGUAACAACCGAAGUCAGAUGUGAGACUGAGGGCGAAGAAGGCAUACAAGAGGGUGACAUCGUCACAGUCCAAGCCUGGAUCACCGUGAAACGACCCAAUGGCCUCCCUGUCGGACUCCCACAUUCUCCAUACUACCCUUUCCACAAGGAAGAGAACUACUGGUUCCUCCUCGCUGACCCUGUCUCAAACAACGUAUGGUUCUCCCAGAAGGUCAACUUCAUGGACGAGGCAGCCGCCAUCACCGGUGCUUCCAAGGCAAUCGAAGACACGAUGGAGGGAUCAGGAGCGAGCGUGAAGGAGAUCAGUACAGCUGUCAGGGAAGCGGUGGAGAAGGUCCGCAGUGGGUCCCGCCUCGUGAUGGGGAAAUUCCCUGCCCCAGCGGAGGGGAGCUAUAAUUUGACUUGCUUCUGCAUGUGCGACGCUUGGAUAGGGUGCGACAAGAAGACGAGCUUGAAGGUCAAGAUUCUGAAGCGAACCAGGGCUGGCACACGUGGCGGGUUCGCGAAUGAGGAUGGACUUGUUGCCGAGGAUGGGAUCGAGGAGGAAGAAGAGAACGAGGAAGAGGAGUACGAUGAUGAUUACGAGAGCGAGUACAGCGAGGAUGAGGAAGAAGAGAAGGAUACAAAGAGGAAAGGUGCGGCGAAUGGGACUGUCCGUAGAAAGGAGUCGAGUUCUGAGGACGAGGGUGAAGAUGAAGAGUGA